AGUUUUGAAAAAGCAGGUUACUUUUCCCAGUUCCUACGACGCCUAAAAUUCAUAAUUCCUAAAAUUGUCCGGCUUUUUAUUAUACCUUACAACGAGUUUUUUUUUUUAGGAAAUCGUAUGAAAAGUCUUAUCAGGAAUACAUACCUUUGUUACAUACAUAUACAUAUGUACUUUAAAUAUAUAUCUCACUGAAAUUAUAAUACGUGUACAAAACUUUUAUUUUGUGAUAAGAAAGCUUUCGAAUUAGCCGGCAGAGGGCGUCUACAGAUGGCUACAAAAAGAGAGAGUGAUGUUAAAAGGAUAACGAUUUCUUCGAUACAAACUCUUAUACGCCUGCGUUUAAGAGAGAUAUGGAGCAUUGUUGAAAACUGUUAUGAGAAAAAGAGUACACACUCCACACAAUGAAUUGCCGAAGAAAGUGAAAAGGUAAAUGGAGAGGAGAAUAAAACUAUAUAGAUAAUUGUUAUGUGUUUACUUUUCGCAUACGUUAGCCACAAUCACACGGCAGUUCUUUAUCCUUUGCCGCCAGCACACUCUCUUGUUCAUUGUUCUUUGUUCCAGCAAUCUGGCGCUCUUAUUAGCAAUUGCAACAAGAGCGCUGUCAGCCAUUUUCACCACGCCUGGGUUGAAUUACUUUCACGUUGCCAAUAGUAACAUCCUUCAUGCCGGAUGCUGGCGCUCACUUUCCCGCAAAAUCGUGUUGUUCGUGUCCAGCAUAGUAAUUCGUGCGUACGCUUCAGCUCUCACAUUACGUUCCGCUUAAAGGCUAGGUGUGCUAUGCCAGGCAUCGUUCGUCAAUUGCUCGUUGCUCUGGUGCCGGAGAGCAAAGCAUCCCUCCGUGCUGUGUGCCAGACGAUUUGGUGAAAUUGCCGACUGGCAAUGACAACGUCUUCUAUUUAACAUCAAGGGAUAAAUCCUGAAAUUGCUCAGUCUGUUUUUGUAUACGGGCGUUAAAUGGUCGUUGAGCGGCGGAAGUGCGUCGGCUGGUUUCUUUCUACUUUAUUUUUGUUGGCAAUUUACAAGUGAAUUUGUUUUGCAGAGCAAAUCCAAAGUGUUACGGUCGGCUUAAAUUUUCAGCAGGAGUAUUUUAGAAAGCAUAUUAAAAAGAACACCGCACAAAAAGCUUUAAUUUAAAAAUCGUUUUAAUAAUCACAAAUGAUUUUAAAUAAAUUAACAAACAAUUCAAAGCACAUACAACAAUAAUAAGCAACUAUAAAGUGAAUUUCUGUCUUCGGCAAACGAUUACGCGUCGUGCUCGCUCACAGCCUGGCCUCGUAUAUUGGUGUCUCUAUCUGUGUGUGUGUGUGUGCGUCGUGUCGCUUAGUUGUGGCUUUUGGCGUAAAAUGCCGCUGUGGGCCACCACUUUUUUAUGAUGGAGACAUUCCUUGUCCUUGGGUUAUGUUUCAUAAUAUACGAAGCGCUGGAUUUCUUUCAAGGAUGCCUACAUAGUACGUCACCGAAUUCGACCGAUCAAAUCGAAGCGUAUCGCCGCCAAUUGGACGAGCAGCGACAACAGCUGCAGCAAGAGCAAUUCAUAGCGAAUUUGACGCCGCUCUUGGGCGCCCAGUUGUUGGCCGCCACCUCCAGCGUAUCGCUGACGCCCAGCGAUUCCACCGCCAGCAUUAUAAGUGAACAGUUACGCGCACAACAACAACGCGAACAACUCGAACAACAGCUAGCGGGCAGCAUACGCAGCAGCAGCUGCAGCGGUGCACCCAGCAACGCCGGUGACAAUUCAUUGAGUACGCCAGCUUUGCAUAGCAGCGGUUUGGGCAGCACAUUCGGCUCGGCCGCCGGUAGCGGGAGCUUGAGUGUGGCCAGCGGCAAUAGUAGCGGCGCCGCCUUUCGUCCCGCCUAUCGUAGUGCUUACGAGUCGCAAGAAUUGUACGCCACUUCAUCACUACCGCGCGACUACUACUUUCUGCAACAACAACAGCAAAAGAAUAAGCAUUCAGCGCGUUCGCUAUUCUCGAAGUUCGGCGCUUCCAAUUCAGAUAAUCGCAUCUUUCCCGAGACCACAGCGGUGCUGGGCGUGCCAGCGGGCGUCAUUACGCAACAGCCAGCGGCGUGUGUGGUGAAUCAUUUUGAGUGCUUGCCGCCGGCGACGGUGCCUGCGUCGCCAUUGGCUGUGGACUUGAAGCGCGCCAUAUUGAGUAACAAUAAUAAGAAUAGAAACAGCAAUAACAACAACAAAACGUACAACGAACGUAGACGCGCCGCGUGUGCGGUGGAAAGUGUGCUGGUGCAUGGUGUAGCGGUGAUUGCCAGUCCGUCGCGUGAUCCGCCAAAUCCUACUGCAACAACAACAACCACUUCGGUUAAACGUGCUAAUCAACGAAAUCGUAACGCCAACGCGUCGGCUGCACAUACGACUGCGCACGACAGUGACGGCAGCACAUCGGAUUGUGAAUCGGAUACGAGCGGUGAUUCGUCCGACUCGUCGGCGUCCGCUUCGGCCGGUUCCGCGUCGCUGGCCUCGUGCGGUGAGGACAGUGAUCCCGGUUUGGGUGAGGAACGCGAGUUCGGUUUGUCCAAUUCGUGUUCGUCGUCGCAUGCGGACUUUCGGGAAAUCGAAUGUGAGCGCCUAAGACGCAAGUGUGUGAGUGUGAAACGCAUCUAUAGUAUAUCGGAGAAGUUUUGAAGUCUCAAAAACAAGUGAAGUUCGAAGUGUAAAAAGAAAAGUUGGUUACUUUGA